AUGAUCGGUGCCGCGAGGCGCUGGCUCCGGCGCAAUCGCAAAGGUCUUGCGAUCGGGGCUGGUGUGCUGGGAGCUGGCUACCUGGCUGGACAAUAUGUGCUGUCCAAGAUCUCCGAAGCGCGCGAGCGCAUGAGCAGUGACCGAAUUGCCCGUGAGAAUUUGCGGCGACGAUUCGAACAGAACCAGACCGAUUGUACUUAUACCGUCCUUGCGUUACUUCCCACUGCCACGGAUAAUAUCAUCGAAGCACUCCCCGUCGAGGAGCUGACGAAGGAGCUUCAGAAGAAGCGGGCGGAGAGGCUGGCCCGGUUGAAUGCCGGGGAUCCAGCGGGCUCGGACAUGACUUCAGUGUCACCCAGCAUGGCCGAAGAGGAUCGGAAGAGCCUAUCGAGCUUCCAGAGUGAAGGAUAUCUCCACACCAGCCAGCUGGGCGAGUCGGUGAACCCGGAAGUCCAGGCCCCGCCGAAACGGAACAAGACGCAGUUGUGGAACGAGGUUAAGAUCACUUCAAUUACACGGUCGUUCACCCUCAUCUAUACCCUCUCGCUGCUCAACAUCUUUACCCGUAUCCAACUUAAUCUCCUUGGCCGCCGCAACUACCUCUCUAGCGUCAUCUCGUUGGCUACUCCCCCUGCCGACUCGACUAUCAGCCUCGAAGAUCACGAUGACGAGCUGACUCAGACCCUUGGCGAUGACUUUGAGACAAACAGGCGGUAUCUGGCUUUCAGCUGGUGGCUAUUACACCGAGGCUGGAAGGAGUUGGUAGCACGCGUUCAACCUGCUGUUGAGGAGGUCUUUGGUCCUCUUAACCCCCGUGAAGAUAUCAGUCUAGCCAAGUUGUCGGAGUUGACCCUUCAGAUCCGGAGAAAGGUGGAGGGAAAUACCGAGGAAGAACGACGUGCCAAGAAGUGGCUGUCUUGCCUGCUCCCCCCGACAGACGAGGAGGAAUACGUUCUUCGUGAAUCGGGCGUCGAAGGAGUUGCCGAUCCGUCUUCCUCGCAGACUGCCGUGAAAUUGCGCCAUCUUCUUGAUGAGACAGCCGAUCUUAUUGACUCGCCUUCGUUCUCCUUCGUCCUCACACUUCUGAAUAACGAAGGAUUCUCCACUCUCGUCGAUACCAAGUGCGCCAACGAGGCUUUCCAGGCAUCCGACUCGGCUGCUACGACAGUUCCACAGUCAUUCGACUCCAUGGCCACUGUUGUUCCCGCCUCGACCGAGCGCAAGACCAAGCUUGCCAACCUCUUGGCUGUGUUGGCUCGCCAGGCUCAUGUGAUUGGAAACGGCACCCAUGCUCCUAAUGAGUAUAUGGUUGCCAUGGACCAGAAUGUUCGUGAACUGGAGGCCUUCUCCGCUGUGAUCUACAGCUCCAACUUUGAGCUUGAACUCCUGGGUGCUAGCAAGACUGCUGCGGCUGAGGGUGGAGACUCGGCUGAGUUUGAACCCAUUUCUUCGUCAUUUGCUAAUGUGAUGGUUGAGAACGAGCCGGAGGCUCAGCUUGGCGAGGACAUGGCUCAGAGCGCCCCAAUCCUCGUUGACAACGAUGUGCAGGAGCUCGAGUCUGUUACCCCCGCUGAGGAGCCGGUCCCGGAGGCCGCUACAGACUCUGCAUUUGAGCAGGCGUGGGGCAAGGCUGUUGAAGAUGGAAAGAGCGCUUCGGAGACUGAGGAACAGGCCGCUGCUUAA